UACCUAAGCUCUGUGUUAAAAAUGUGUUAUCAUUUUUAAUUUUUCGGAAUUUUACUAAAAAAAUCUUUACAUUUAAAACUAUAACUUUUGAAAAAUAUAUUUACUUUUUAGUAAACGUUUUCACUGUGAUAUUAUUUGAUCUCUUUGGUAUUUGAAUAUGGAAUUUUUGUCGCGUAAAGUCAGAUCGAACGGGCAGCUUGACACCCGUCAGGUGAAUGGCGCGGGCACUUUACAGAGUACACGGAGCGAGUGCGCCAUGGGUCCCCCCGCGGUGCGAGACAAAACCAGCGCGUUCGGCGGCGAACGGCAGUCGCUGGCCGACGCCAGAGCCAAGUGCACGUACGACGCUAUGGACCGCGACAGACUCGGGCUGUGGGGCUGCGGGGACGGACAGUCCUCCAGCCGGCUGUCAGGGCUUGACCGGCUCAAACAUCCCGGCCUGAACAAGGGCUUGGCGUUCACGAUCGAGGAGCGCCAGAUGCUGGGCAUCCACGGGCUGUUGCCAGCUCGUGUAAAGAGUCAGGAGGAACAGGUGCAGCUCUGCAAGCUCUCCAUCGACCGCUAUGAAGAGCCCUUGAACAAGUACAUCUACCUCAUGGGACUCUUGGACCGUAACGAGCAUCUGUUCUACCGCUUCCUCGGCGAGAACGUGGCGGAGAUGAUGCCCAUCGUGUACACUCCCACCGUGGGGCUGGCCUGCCAAAAGUACGGGCUCAUCUACCGUCGCCCGCGCGGGCUCUUCAUCACCAUCCACGACAAGGGACAUGUCUACGACAUCCUUAAGAACUGGCCUGAGACGGACGUCCGUGCGAUCGUGGUGACGGACGGCGAGCGCAUCCUGGGCCUGGGCGACCUGGGCGCGUGCGGCAUGGGCAUCCCCGUCGGCAAGCUGUCGCUCUACACCGCGCUGGCCGGCAUCAAGCCGCACCAGUGCCUGCCCAUCACGCUAGACGUGGGCACCAACACCCAGUCGCUCCUGGACGACCCGCUGUACAUCGGUCUGCGGCACAAGCGCGUCCGCGGCGCCGCCUACGACGAGUUCGUCGAAGAGUUCAUGUGCGCCGUGGUGCGCCGCUUCGGACAGAACUGCCUCAUCCAGUUCGAGGACUUCGCUAAUGCUAACGCUUUCAGGCUGCUCGAGAAGUACCGUGGCAAGUACUGCACUUUCAACGAUGAUAUUCAAGGCACCGCGGCGGUGGCGGUGGCCGGGCUUCUUGCCAGCUUAAGGCUCACCGGUACCAAGCUGUCGUCGAAUACCAUCGUCUUCCAGGGCGCUGGCGAGGCUGCUCUCGGAAUCGCGGAGUUAUGCGUGAUGGCAAUGAAGGCGGAAGGCACAAGCGACGCGGACGCGCGCGCGCGCAUAUGGAUGGUGGACUCCAAGGGCCUCAUCGUGAAGGACCGGCCCGAAGGCGGCCUGAACCAUCACAAGGAGAAGUUCGCACAAAAUCGUCCCACCAUCAAGACACUUGCCGAAGUCGUUGAAACUGCCAAGCCUACAGUGCUUAUCGGUGCGGCUGCGAUUGGCGGAGCGUUCACGCCGGCCAUCCUCCAGCGCAUGGGCGAGUUCAACGACAAGCCGGUCAUCUUCGCGCUGUCCAACCCCACCAGCAAGGCCGAGUGCACUGCCGAAGCCGCUUACUCCAACACCGGCGACCGCGCGAUCUUCGCGUCCGGCUCGCCGUUCCCCGAGUACCGCGCCAAGGACGGGCGCGUGCUGCGGCCCGGGCAGGGCAACAACUCCUACAUCUUCCCCGGCCUGGCGCUCGGCAUCAUCUGCGCCGGCCUCAUCGACAUCAGCGAGGACUUCAUGCUGCUGGCAGCCGAGUCCUUGGCGGAGAUCGUGUCGGACGACGACUUGGCGCACGGCGGACUGUACCCGCCGCUUGAGACCAUUCAAGACUGCUCGGUCAAGAUCGCCAAGAAGAUCGUUGAGCGCGCCUACAAGACUGGCAAAGCGACUGUGCAGCCGCAGCCGCUGGACACGGAGGCGUUCAUCCGCGCGCAGAUGUACGACGUGCGGUACGGCAACGCCGUGCCCCCCGUGUACUCGUGGCCCAGCGAGCCCCGCGUCGACGUCGUCUAACCUAUACUACCAGCCUACCACCAACCCGGCGAUCACGAAUCACUAACUAACCUUCUAUUUAACUACACAAGGUUCACUGUGUGUAUGUAAAUUCAAUGUGGUACAGAUGUAGUACAAAUGUGCUGAGCAACUUUCUUUUGCGCGUAAAGUUCAGUAUAAUAAAGAUCGUAAUUAGGAGGUAAAUUAGUGACUAGUGAUUUAUUGUCAGUAUACCUUGAAGUCGCUUAUGUCAUAGCUUGGUACAAUAAAAUUAUCACUCCGGAUUUUCCAGAUAUGUAUUAACAGUGGUAAAAUUGGUAUAAAUUGUUAAUUACAACGACUUUAAGGGUACCUAUGUAUGUGUGCUAUGGGACACCUUUCUUACCGACCCAAGCUACAAUAAGCAUGAAAGCAGUUUGCAAUCUGUGAUGCAACGUAUAUAUUUAUAUAAACUUAAGUUUAAAUUUUUUGAAGAAAUAUCUACUUAAUAUGAAUUUUCAAACAAGUUAAAAUUUAAGUUAAGUGCAUUUACGUGCCGAGUAGGCAUUUUUGAGAAAAUUGUUAGUGCUUUGCUACAAAUUAUAUAAGUAAAUUAAAUUAUCCCUGAACUGCAGUUACUGUAGAAAAAAGAUAACAAAAUAAAUAAAUAGUUAAGGCACUUCUAU